AUGGCGGACAACCUUAGUAAGCACCAAGUCAUGCGCGACUACUAUAAGGAGAGUCAGCAGGCGGCUAGCGUUCCAAUGAAAUGCCCGUACUGCAAGCGACAAGGCCGCUUCGCCGCCAACACGUACGAAAUAGCCAAGCGUAUUCCCUCCGUCAUGACUGAGGGCAUGGCGCUCUGCCACUUUUGCAAGGCCCCGAUUGGGCGACAGGCGGAUAUGGUGCUGCAGCUGCGCUCGUGGUACUGCGGGUACUGCGAGCUGUGCGUUUGUCCGGGCUGUCAGAAGAAGCACAAGCAAUAG